UGGAGACAGUAAUACAGUACUACCAUUUUUACUAUAAAAAGUGAGCAUAAGCUUGCAACAUAGACAUCACAAUUUUGAUAAUUUAGUGAUGGCUAAAAUGAGCUCGUCUUUUUGGCAUUCUCUUACACUGUUUGCCAUCUGUGUUUGCACCUUGGGAGGGUCUAUAUCAGUUGCAAAUGAGGAGAGGAAGGUUUAUAUAGUUUAUAUGGGAGCCCUACCUUCAAAUCCAAAUUAUUCACCUGAGACACACCAUUUGAGCUUGCUUCAACAAGUGACUGGUAGCAGCUUUAAUAGGGAAUCUCUUAUCAGAAGCUACACUCGGAGUUUGAAUGGAUUCGCUGCUCGUCUAACAGAAAAAGAAGCUGCAAAAUUAUCACGUGAUGAAGCUGUGGUAUCAAUAUUCCCAAAUAAAAUUUUUCAUAUCCGUACAACGAGGUCAUGGGAUUUCAUUGGUUUUCCUCAAAAUGUACAACGCAAUCUUAACGGUGAGGGUGAAGUUAUCAUAGGAAUUCUUGAUACUGGAAUCUGGCCAGAAAACCCAAGUUUUAAGGAUGAUGGUUUUGGCCCUAUACCUAAGAAAUGGAAGGGUGAAUGUAAAGGUGGACCUAAUUUCACUUGUAACAAGAAGAUCAUCGGAGCAAGAACCUAUCCAGAGGAAUCAUGUAGAGAUACAGAAGGCCAUGGAUCACACACUGCCUCAACAGCAGCAGGAAACGUUGUCAAAAAUACAAGUUUUUAUGGAAUUGCUGGAGGAGUUGCUAGAGGAGGGGCUCCUUCAGCUAGGAUUGCAGCAUAUAAAGUUUGCAGUGAAAUUGGUUGUUCUGAAAUGGACAUAAUGGCCGCAUUUGACGAUGCAAUCGCUGACGGGGUCGACAUUCUGUCGCUCUCUCUUGGACCAGAUUAUCCUCUAAGUCUUGACAUUGACGGGGUGGCGAUCGGUGGUUUUCACGCAGCGGAGAAAGGUAUCCUCACUUUACAAGCAGCCGGAAACGGUGGCCCUGAACCAGGCCAAACUCCGAGCGUUGCGCCGUGGUUGUUUGGUGUGGCUGCAAGUACUACUGAUCGCAAAAUCUUUACAAAAGUUGUGCUUGGAAAUGGAAAGAUUUUGGAGGGUUAUUCUGUCAAUUCUUUUAAGCUGAAUGGAACCCAAUUUCCAGUUGUAUAUGGUGCUGUUGCACCUGGAUGUGAAGUUGAAUCGGCCAGGUCCUGCCAGAAAAAUUGUUUAGAUCCUAAGUUGGUGAAGGGGAAGAUUAUACUUUGUGAUGAUCCUUUUGCUGAUCAUUAUGCUUAUGAAGUUGGAGCUAUUGGAUUUAUAUCCCCAGGACGUACAUUAAAUGUCUCAAGUGUUUCUCCAUAUGCUUCAGUAAUCCUAGACAGCCAAGUGUUUGAUUUGGCAACGAGCUAUUACAAAUCAACUAAGAACCCUACAAUGAACAUAUUGAAAAGUGGAGAAGUGAAAAAUUUGGAUACUCCUAUAGUGGCUACAUUUUCUUCAAGAGGGCCUAAUGCAAUAAUUCCAGAUAUUUUGAAGCCAGAUAUAAUUGCUCCGGGAGUUGAAAUCUUAGCUGCAUUUUCACUUGAAACUCCUCCUUCAGACCCAAAUGAUUCUGACAUCGACAAAAGGCGUGUAUCUUACAGUAUAUUGUCAGGAACUUCUAUGUCUUGUCCUCAUGUUACUGGUGCAGCUGCUUAUGUAAAAUCGAUGCAUCUCGAUUGGUCUGCUUCUGCUAUAAAAUCUGCUUUGAUGACUACAGCUGAUGCUUCUCGCAUGAAAAUAUCUGUAUCGAAGUAUGGAGACAAUGAGUUCUCUUAUGGAGCAGGGCAUCUUAACCCAAUAAAAGCUGCAAAUCCAGGGAUUGUGUACGAAACAACUAAAGAAGAAUACCACAAAUUGUUGUGCAGCAUGAACCUCGGCUCUGGCUUUAAUAUUUCCUGUAAUGAUUACAAGCCAGGUUCAUUUGAAGCAAAGGAUCUGAAUUACCCUUCAAUGGCUGCUACAAUUGAAUCCAACAAUGUCGGGAAAUUCAAGUUCGAAUUCAAGAGGAGGGCUAAAAAUGUUGGUGCAGCGAAAUCGAUAUACCAGGCUAAAACCAACUGUUAUCAGUCAGGGUGCAAAGUGACUGUCGUGCCGAAAAGGCUCGAGUUUAAGGCUCUAAAUGAAGAGAUACCCUUUGUGAUUACAAUUAGUGGAGAAAAUAUAGAACGUGUUUUAUCUGCUUCACUUGAAUGGAAUGAUGGCAUUCAUGUUGCCAGAAGCCCAAUUGUAGUUUACAAACCUCAAAUAGUGUCAUCUUGA